AUGGUAUACAGUAGGGGUUUUGCGGAUCGUGUAUUGCGAGAGCAUGUGCAGAAACCUUACGCAAUAAUCAAAUUCCUCGAAUCUUGGAGAAAUCUUCCCGAAAUCCCAACUAGUGAAGAGAUUCUUGAAGAUGUAUCAUGGCAAGAAAAGGAUGGUCCAGAGCAGCCAAUGGAUUACCAAAGAUUGGCGGAGCCGAAAGAAUUCGAUCCACGCCUGCCACACAAUAAUAUCGAUGGCGCUUGGGGCUCUAAGGAAGAGUACCUUGGUUUUCAUUACCAGAUUUUACGAGAAGAUGCAGUUGCUCCUCUUCGUCAAUCUGUUGCCGAAUUCAAGAGAAACAGUAAUAUGAGUGAUACACAAGACACUUCUAUCUACACAGAUGUUCACCUCGUGGGCCUCCAAUUGAGCCAUCUCGGUCCAGCAUUCAGGAUCGAAUUCUCAAGUGACAAAGCGGGCAAAAGAAUUCGGUGGGAACAGUCAAGCCGACUUACACAAGGUAGUCUCGUGUGCUUAAGUCCAACUAGCGAUAAAUUCCGUUCCAUUUGUAAGGUUGGUACUGUCGCAGCUAGGCCUAUAGAAGGUGGCUUAGACUGUGACCCUCCACAAGUUGACCUCUUCUUUGGGGAUGACGAAGACAUUAUAUUGAAUCCAACAGAGUCAUAUAUUAUGAUCCAGUCCCGAGUGGGAUUUUUUGAGGCUUACCGUCAUGUGCUUGUAGCACUCCAGAAAUUGGCCACUGAAGAUUCACCCUACAUCCAAAAGUAUCUAAUUGAAAUGGAUAGAGAUAUUUUGCCACCUGAUCAUAUCAAAGAAAGACCUUGUCUUGACCUUCGUUCGAUUGCUCUGUCGAGUGGUCAUCAUUUUUCGGACCUUACCGACGAAGAAGACGAAACUCUGUGCCAUGUCGAUGUUUUGAAGGAGUUUCCAAUUCUUCCAAAAUCAGGCAUGGAUGACUCCCAGCUCGCGGCCUGUAAGCGUAUGCUCACUCAAAGCUUAGCAAUUGUGCAGGGCCCGCCUGGUACUGGUAAGACGUUUACUUCCGUCCAAGCCCUCAAAGCCAUGUUGUGCAACAGGGGUAAUGGACCAGUCAUUGUUGCUGCUCAGACCAAUCACGCUCUCGAUCAAUUACUCACUCACAUUGCUGGUUUCGAGGAAAAGUUUGUGCGUCUAGGGAGCAGAUGUGACAAGAAGAAUUCGACAAUCCUGGCACGAACAUUAUAUGAGCUCCGCGAAGAACACAAAAAAUUGAAAACUAAGCAGUUCAAUGGCGGCGUCAGAUCAGCUUGCAAAGCACACAACGACUUGGUUGAAUCUAUUGAAUUAAUGCUUUUCCCUGUCAUUGAUUUUGGGAUUUUACCCGCUAGAGUUCUUUUGGAGUCAGGCGUAAUGAGUCAAGAACAUUAUGACUCUUUCUUCGAGCCUGGUUGGUGCGACUCGGGGGAUACGCAAGAUGAAAACGUCGACCCUCUUGAAUCUUGGCUUGGAGCGCAGAAAGUCCGCAUGCCGAGAACUCCAGUGAUUAACAAGCAUCUUGAGAUAGAAGAUCCUGACCAGGAAUUUGAUCAAUUACAAGAGAGCGAAGUCGAAGUCCAAGCGAAUGAUGUCAUGGAUGCUUUGAAUGGGACGUGGAUUCCAUUCAGUCGUUCAUAUACAGGUAAAACUCUUGGGGCCCGGGCCAUUGGCAAGAAUUCUCCCAAGAACAUACUCGCCAGAGUUGGGAGUCUUCUCGACAUUCCAGACAAGUAUCGCGGUCAUGUUUAUUGCUACUGGGAAAAACUCUACUAUGAUCAACUGACCCACAAACUUAGUAAGAAAUUCGACAGCUAUAGAGCCUCGAUGAAUAAAUUAAAGAUGGCAAAGUGGAGACGUGAUGCCGAUUUUAUUGAUAAUAUAGACACAAGAGUCAUUGGUUGUACCACAACUGGUCUAUCUAAGUAUAGAGGUCUACUUUCUGCUUUAAAUCCGAGUGUACUACUCAUCGAAGAAGCGGCAGAAACUCUAGAAGCAAAUGUCACAGCAGGUAUUAUUCCAUCUCUUGAGCAAGUGAUACUUGUGGGAGAUCAUCGACAAUUGACGGCAAAUACUACACUUGACCGCUUCAUGUCACAACCAUAUUACAUGUCAAUCUCCUUGUUUGAGAGACUUGUUAAUAAUGGUAUGGCUUACACAAUGUUGAACAAACAACGUCGUAUGAUUCCAGAAAUUCGAGAGCUUUUAUGUAUUGAGCCAAAUCCGUUUUAUAUCGAUCUUCAUGAUCACCAGAAUGUACGAGACCGAGUCAAUCAUCGGCCUCCAGUUCCUGGCAUGAAUUUUGAUUCAUACUUCUUCUCCCACAAAUGGCAAGAACAUAGAGAUGUCAAUAUGAGUUGUUAUAAUGCCCCGGAAGCUGAAAUGGUCGCUGGAUUCUUCAACUACUUAGUUCUCAAUUGUAUUAAGCCAGAGAAAAUUACUGUACUAACAUACUACAAUGGCCAACGAAAAUUACUCCUAAAGGAGCUUAGUCGACGUGUCACAAGCGUUGCAACACCAUACUUCAAGGUCUAUACUGUCGAUGCGUAUCAAGGCGAGGAAAAUGAAGUUAUCUUGCUAUCAUUAGUAAGAGGUAACCCUCAUAGUUCGGUAGGAUUCUUACGAAGUAAGAAUCGUGUGGUUGUUGCUUUAUCUCGUGCACAACGUGGUCUCUACAUCUUUGGAAAUGCACUUACUGUUGCGGGGCAAGAAGCUGACAAUGGCUCUCGAGAUAAGCUUUGGAUGCCGAUUCUUUUGCAUCUAUUGGACGAGAAGAGAUUUGGCUCCAAGCUGCCUAUUUUAUGCUCUAAGCAUGAGAAUCACUCUUAUGUCUCAGAGCCUGAACAUUGGGAGGAUCUAAGUGGUGGUUGUCAUGAGUUUUGCGGUGGCAUGUUGCCGUGUGGCCAUUUAUGUCCUUAUAAGUGCCACCCAACUCCUCAUGAUCAAGUUCUCUGUAAAGAACCUUGUGAAAAGCUGCUUGACUGUGGUCAUGGUUGCAGUAACAAUUGUGGUCAGCCUUGUCGAUGCGAAGAAUGUCGUACAUUAGAUCGCAUGCAGGCUCUUCAGCUAGCAUCUUCGCCCAAGAAGAUCACUGCCGAAAAUGAGAAUGGAAACAAUGCAUUGAACACUACUCCCGCUAAGCAGAAAGAACGCUCUCCACAAAAAUCCUGGAAACUGGAUCAGCAAAUUGGGCAGAGCAAUUCAUACACACAGCUCUCAUCGGGUCAGUCGGGUGGUCAAAAUUCGCUUUAUACAUUUGCACCCUCUCCCACCAAGAGAGAGUUGUCACCAGAAAAGGGCCGUCAACUUUGGGACACUUGGGACCCAGUUCGUUCGGAUAAACAUAUUGAUCAAGAGCGUCUUGAGCGAGAGAAGCUCGCAAAUGAGAAUAAACCAGACUCUGGGGACUUGGUCUUUGCAGAAACUCAUAAGCCGGUUCGAUUUGAAAACGGAAAGAGAAUUGUUGGUCCCAAGAUCCAGAAUGUUAUUCCUCGAGUGGUGAGCAGCAAUGAGAUCACUCGCAGCGAAAAUCAAAGUCCAAGAAGCAGUUAUGAGGAGUUUCGAAACUUCGAUGAGAUUUUCCCGAGCAAUAAAGAAAUCAAUGGAGGUAGCAGUGGCGUUGCUUACAGCAAUAAUGGCAUUCUUCGCAAUGGCCAUGAAAGUAUGGCCGCUUCCACCCACAACGGAGCUUCUAGCCGUGCUAACGAGGUUUACACAAACGGAGUCACUCACAUUAGCAACGAUCUUCUUCUUGAUUCUGCUUUCAGCAACGAGGUAGAUUUUAGCAACGGCGAAACCACUCCCAACAGUAACGAGGCUGCUAUUGCUCCAGGUUACAAGGAUGACAUGCUCAAACUCAGUAGCGAUGAUUUUGAUUUUCUAGAAGGUCUUUAG